CUGGACAUUUAAUCACAGAAGAAAUGAAUUUAACCAGGAAUUGGUGUUCCGAGGGGGCGAAAGAAAGCUAAGAUUACGAGAUGGCGACAAUUGCGUUGUCCAUGCUGUCCAAAACAGGGGCUUCCCCUAUAACCCCCUCCAUUCGAACCUGUCAAGUGCCUCAAUGGAGGGCCGCCACAAAACCCAAAUCCCCACGCAAUAUCACAGUAAAAUCCGGAUCUGGACAUCCCGAAGACUUCGAUCUGAAACAGUACAGCAAACCCCUCAUCGAAAGCGUAAACAGGGAGCUCCACAAUCUAAUUCCCCUAAGCAACGACAGGAUCGAAGAAGCCAUGAGAUACUCUGUGAUAGGAGGAGCGGGCAAGAGAUCAUGCCCCCUCAUGUGCAUAGCGGCGUGCGAGGCGGUGGGAGGGCAGAGAGAAGAGGCUCUGCCGGUGGCGUGCGCGCUGGAAAUGAUCUACGCCGCCUCGCUCAUCCUGGACGACCUCCCCUGCAUGGACGACGACUCUCUGCGCCGCGGCCGCCCCUCCGCCCACGCCGAAAGCCCAGGCGCUGCCAUUCGAGCCAGCGACGCCCUCUGCGCCCUCGCCUUCCAUCACAUAGCCCGGCCCAGUGACGCCCUCCGUCCCGAGAGAGGGCUCAAAGUAGUCCACGAGCUCGCAAAGGCAGAGGGCUCCACGGGCAUGGUGGGCGGUCAAUACAUGGAUUUGGCCACUGCGGGGACUCCUUUUAUUGACCCUGCCUUGGUGGAGUACAUUCUCCUCGACAAAUUGGCGCUCAUGGCGGAGAUUUCAUUGGUGAGUGGAGGGAUUGUUGGCGGGGGCUCCGAUGAGGAGGUGCAGAGGCUGAGGGCUUAUGGGCAUUGUGUCGGUUUGGCUUAUCAGAUCGUUGAUGAUAUGCUUGAACAGAGUGGAACUACCGAGGAGCUCGGUAAAACAGCUGGGAAAGAUAAAAUAGAGGGGAAAGCCACUUAUCCUGAGGUCUACGGGAUAGAGAGAUGUCGGGAGAUUGUGGUUGAACUUGUGUAGAAAGCCCAACACUACAUUUCCCAGUUUGAUCCUUUACAUGCGGCGCCGCUGUUUAGUUUUGCACAAUUUGUCAUUGCCAGAAGCUUCUGACAGCAUCACUGGGUAGGGUUUCGAUUUUGUUCUGUUCUUCGUAGUGAAUGAGUGGCUUUUGGAUUGUCGUCUUCUUACCUGCUAGAAUGAAAGAGCACGUUUCGAUAUAAAAAGUUUAUGGUGUGCGCUUCGAAAUGUUCGGCUGAGGGGUUGGGUUACGGCUCAUAUAUUUCAAUUACCGCUUAAAAGUCUAUUAAAACAAUUAUCUAGCGGAACUUCAUAAGACUUGGUAAUUAAAUCAAUUGUGCAACUUUUUUGGUGCCAAACUUUUUGACCCUUGCAUGGGUAGGAUUCAUUGUAACUAACCAUAAGCCAAAACAAUUGCUAUAACAUUCAAGUCACAUAGGAAGACAACAAUUUUUUUUGGUCAAAAUCUGAUGUACAAUUUAGAAACUUAAGAUACACAAAGUUAGCCAUACUAGUGGUAUUGAAAAUAAAUUAGGAAGAUUGCCAAAGUGCUCCGAUCAAAUUUUCUUAGGUCAACCUCUUAAAAUGGUUGUAUUUACAAUCAUAGCAAUAAUCAUGUAAAACACAUACCAAUUUGAUACAUGACAAGAAAUAAAUGGGCAAGAGCAAAUAA